AUGGGCGAUGACAAGGUGGAAUACGAGAACUGGGAGGUUCAGCCCAACGUGGUCGUCACGGAGCAAUACAUAGAGGGUACCGUCAAGAGCUUCUUUUUCGCCGAACCCACCUGGGCAAAAUACAUCCCUGGAGGCUACUCGAGGUCGAGAUGCUUGAAACUGUCGGGUAUGCCCAUGGUUUCGUGCAUCCUUGGCCUCGCCGGGACGUGUCUCCUGUUCUUUGGCUACGACGCCGCUGUCAUGAGCCUGGUCAACAUCAACCCGGACUAUCUCCAACACAUGGACUCUGCUGGAGGCACGGACCGUGAUGCCGCGCGCGUUGGAGGCAUCGUGAGCUUCUGGUUCCUGGGUUUCCUCAUAGGUGGAAUUCUGGCCGGUAGCUACGCCGACAAGAUUGGACGACUCAAAUCCAUACAGCUGGGGUGCGUCUGGGGGAUAGUGGGUGCCUGUCUUUUGGCGUCCGCUCAGAACUUCUCCUGGAUGGUCUGCGCGCGUAUCAUCAGCGGCAUAGGUUGCGGCCACCUCAACACCAUAGCCCCAAUCUGGACCUCGGAACUCGCAGACUACAAUCUACGGGGCGCAUAUGUCUCGGUGCAGUUUACCAUGUGCGUGGGAGGGGCGACCAUGACAUAUUGGAUGGAAUACGCCGCGCUCAAGACCCGGUCUCUCCAGUUCGCCUGGCGGUUUCCCCAAGGCUUCCAGAUGGUCUUUCUGAUCUUCAUCCUCCUUGCAGCCAACUUUUUGCCAGAGACACCCCGCCACCUUGCAAAGACGGGUCGUUUCGACGAGGCUCGCGAGAUACUUUUCCGCUGUCGCCUCACGCCUUCCGAGCAGGCGAUUGAGCAGGAACUCGCCGAGAUUCGAGAAGCCAUUCGCAUCGAGGCGACGUCCUCGGCUCACGGCUUUCUCUCCAUGAUAUGGAAAAAGGAUGCGCUGCAUACCCGCCGUCGUGUCGCGCUGGCCAUGGGUAUCCAGGCGAUGGAGAAGCUCUGUGGUCCCGAUGCCAUUGCGGCGUAUGGACCCAUCAUCUUCGGCCUCAGUGGAUCUUUUGAUGGGGUAGAGAAGGAGAAGGAGAAGAAGUUUGAGCUGAUUCACCGUGGUGUCGCUCUAGUUACUGGCAACUUGCCUGCCAUGCUGGCCGGCUUCAACUUCAUCUCCUACACAUUCAGCGUCCCGAUCGGCAUGUACUUUGUCGAGCGGGCCGGGAGACGAAAGCUGAUGCUGAUCGGGCUGGUUGUCAUGGGCUCUUCACUGCUCAUUGCCGGCCCUCUCGCGAGAGAGGCCAUCAACACCCCCGAUACCGAGUUAACCAAGAAAAGAGCCUACGGCGCCGCCGUGGUGGCGUUUGUCUUCUUGUAUACCUGCGGAUUCGGCAGCACCUGGAUCACAUGCUGCUGGGUCUAUCCCACCGAGAUCUUUCCCCUGGCCACACGCGCAAAGGGUGUCUCGCUGUCCAUGGUGUCGUUCGCCAUCUGGGGCGCCGUCAUCAACGAAGUCAUCCCGUACGUCAUCAGCGCCGUCGGGUGGUGGGUCUUCAUCAUGUUCGCGAUCAUGAAUUUCCUCCAAAUCAUCCCCGUGUGGUUCUUCUACGUCGAAACGGCCAAUCGUCACCUGGAAGAUCUGGACAUUCUCCUGGCCAGCGACAGUCCCCUGGCGUACAAGAUGGAACGCGAGUUUGCCGAGAAGAAACGCGCCCUUGGCUUCCAUGCGGAGAAUGCGCAAGGCGUGGUUGGUGGGCACGCGUCGCCGGAGAUGAUGGGCUAG